GUAAACUUUGUGCGUGGGCGUGUUUGGGAGCUGCAGGUGUGUCCAGGUGUGGGUUCGUUGGGUCAGCAGAGGAUUUAACGGGACUUUGUGUCGGUUUGAGUUGUUUUUAAAGGAGGAUGAAGACGCUGGUGGUGUUCCUGCUCCUCAUGAACGUUUCCCAGCAUGCCUCAGCUGUGGAGAUGUAUGAGGGGGACUCGUUCAUCCUGCCCUGUCAGUUUCCCACUUUUAAUUUUCCAAACCCCUCAGUGGUGUGGAGUCACUCCGACCUCAGUCCUCCAACCGUCCACCAGCGUCAGCUUGAAGGAGACGAACUGAAAGAUCAAAACCAGCGUUACAGCGGCCGAACAUCCAUGAAGACUGACGCUCUGGAAACUGGAGACCUCAGCCUGACCCUGACCAACCUCCAACUGUCUGACAGCGCCACCUACACCUGCUCCAUCAGAGACUUUGGACGUGAACUGAGUCGGAGUGAUGUACAGCUGGAGGUCAAAGAACGGUUUCCAUCCUGGGCCAAAGCUCUCCUGGUUCUCCUGGUUCUUCUUGUGGUUUCCGGAGGACUUUUAUUUCAUUUCCGGCACUAUUUCAUGUCAGUCCCCUGGGUGGAGGUGGAUUCAGGGGUGGAGUCUGUCCAGCUGAUCUGCAAAACCACAGUUUGCCUGCCUAAAGAUGAUAAAGUGGAGUGGAAGGACAAAAACAACAGGAAGGUCCACGUGUAUGAGAACGGCUCUGACCAGCCUGAAGAACAGGACGAUAAAUACAAGAACCGAACGAAGAUGAAGAGGAAGGUCCUGGAACCUGGAGACCUCACUGUGUGA